AUGCCUCCCAAGGGAAAGGGCGAGCAGCCCAAGGUGAAGAAGGUCGCCGUCGACAAGACCUUUGGCAUGAAGAACAAAAAGGGAGGAGCAGCCCAGAAGGCCAUCAAGCAGAUCCACGCCACCGCUGCCUCGGGCGGAACCCCCGAUGAGAAGCGCAAAGCGGCCGAGAAGGCGCAGAAGGAGAAGGAGAAGAAGGCCGCCGAGCAGGCCCAGAGGGAGAUGGCCGAUCUCUUCAAGCCUGUCCAGAUCCAGAAGGUGCCCUUCGGUGUCGACCCCAAGACCAUCCUCUGCCAAUUCUUCAAAAAGGGCAAUUGCGACAAGGGCAGGAAGUGCAAGUUCUCACACGACCUGAACGUCGAGCGCAAGACGGAGAAGAGGAGUUUGUACACAGACAGCCGGGACCAGGAGAAGGACCAGGAAGAAGAGCAGAAGAAGAAAGACAACAUGGACGACUGGGACGAGCAGAAGCUGCGAGAGGUUGUGCUCAGCAAGCACGGCAACCCAAAGACCACAACAGACAAAGUGUGCAAGUUCUUCAUUGCCGCCAUUGAGGACCAGAAAUACGGCUGGUUCUGGACAUGUCCGAAUGGAGGCGACAAGUGCAUCUUCGUAAUCAAAACCCGCGAACAGCGCCAAGCCGAAAAGGCCCUCAUGGCCAACUCUCCCCUCAAUACGCUUACCCUCGAAGAUUUCCUCGAGUCCGAACGCCACAAGCUCACCGGCACGCUCACGCCCGUCACGGUCGAAACCUUUGCGAAAUGGAAAAAGGAGCGUCUGGACAAGAAGGCCGCCGAAGAAGAAGCGAAGCUGCGCAAGGAAGCUACUGGUCGCGCCAUGUUCGAGAAGGGCGACUGGGCAGGCAGCGACGCAGACUCGGACGACGAAGAAGGCGACGGCGAGUGGAACCUGGAAACUAUGCGCCGGGAGACGGAGCUCGCGAGGGCCAGGAAGGAAGAGGAGCGGUUGGCGGCGAAGAUGGGCAUCAGUCUCGAGGAGCUGCGCAUCAUGGAGGGGACUGCAGAACCGACCGCGGCCAACGAGGCCGAGGCUCUGUCCACAGAUAGGACCGACGUCGAACCCACAGAGUCUUGA